CGGAGAUAGUGGAGGUAAUGCUAGUAAUGAAUGGAGCGUUGUAGAAAAUCGUAAAAGAAAGAAAAGUUGGGCACAAAUAUCUGAAUCGGACAGCGAAAAGGGAAGUCACCAGGCGAGAAGGAGAAGAGAAGAGUAUAAGUACUCAUGCUUUUUCCAACAUUAUGCGCUCCACACUCCUAUCCAGUAGGUGGCGGAAAUGCACCAUUUAAGUUGGUCUGCCAACCGCCAUUAACCCCAUAAGAAGAAGAAGAAGAAGAAGCGUCAAUAACUGAGGUUUCAACUUCAUCGUUUAGAUAUGCCUGAGCCAGCAAAGACUGCGCCCAAAAAGGGCUCCAAGAAAGCCGUCACCAAGACCUCAGGUAAAAGCGGGAAGAAACGUAGAAGAUCGAGGAAGGAGAGCUAUGCCAUUUACGUGUACAAAGUGCUGAAGCAGGUCCAUCCCGACACUGGUAUCUCCUCCAAGGCGAUGGGCAUCAUGAACUCGUUCGUCAACGACAUCUUCGAGCGCAUCGCCGGUGAGGCUUCUCGUCUCGCUCACUACAACAAGCGCUCCACCAUCACUUCCAGAGAGAUCCAGACCGCCGUGCGUCUGCUGCUGCCCGGUGAGCUGGCCAAACACGCCGUGUCUGAGGGCACCAAGGCCGUCACCAAGUACACCAGCUCCAAGUAAAGCGCUGAAAUAACUUGCAAAGACCCAAAGGCUCU